GAUUACCUGGAUUAGCAAUUCAAUGGGGAGCUGUGGGCGACGUUGGUCUCGUCGCAGACAUGCAGGAGGAAGAUAAAGAAUUGAUUAUUGGUGGCACUUUGCAGCAAAAGAUAUCCUGCUGUCUCGACGAACUCGAUAAAUUUUUAAUUCAAAACCGGCCAAUUGUAAGCAGCAUGGUCGUAGCUGAAAAGAAAUCGGGAUUUAGCGGACUUGGCAGCGUGGUAGAAGUUGUUGCCAAUAUUUUAGACAUAAAAAACAUGAAAGUAGUAAGUCAAAAUAUGGCUUUGGCCGAACUUGGAAUGGACUCCAUGAUGGGCGUUGAAAUCAAGCAAACUCUUGAACGAGAGUUUGAUAUUUUUUUAACUGCACAAGAAAUACGAAAUCUUACUUUCGCGAAACUUAUUAAGAUGUCCGAUAAAAAUAUGAAUGACGAUAUUAUGGAUGACAAAAAGAAAUUCGACACAGAAGAACCAUAUAUUAUAAAACAUUUAGUUGGUGUUGUAAAAGAUGAAGAUUUCAUUUCACAAACCUGUGUUGAUCUUUUUACUAAAAAACAGAAAACUACGACUGAAGUAUUUCUUAUACCGGGUAUCGACGGAUGUGGAACUAUAUUUAAUCACUUAGCACCAAAUAUUGAAUUUUCAGCAACGUCUUUACAUUAUAACGCAAACAUCGAUGUUAUUACAAACCUUAUAUCUGAGACAACUGAUUAUCUUACAAACCAUAUAUUACCGAAGCUGAAAGACGGAAAAGAUUUUGUAAUAGUAGGAUACUCCUUUGGAUCUAUUUUUGCAGUUGAGUUAACAAGAAGUUUGGAAACUAUGAAUUUUAAAGGCCGACUAAUUCUUAUCGAUGGCGCUCCUGAACAAAUGCGAAAGAUACAUGAAUAUUUUCUGUCAGACUUUGAUGAUGCAGACAUUCAGAUUUGGAUUUUAACUAAUAUUAUGGAGAUAUAUUCUGUAGAAAGUAGUGAA